AUGGAGACUCAAGUCAUGCGCGUGCUGCCGGACGUUCGGGCUGCAACUGGCACCUCGCAGAAGCUCGUGGUGAUGACGUACAAUGUGUUGGCGCAGUGCUACGUCCGGUCCAGUUUGUUCCCGUACUGCAGAUCGGGAAAUUUGCGGUGGAAAAAGAGGUCGAAGCUGCUGGAAAGGGUCUUUGCUUCGAGUCUGCCUGUCACGCCUGAUGUCAUCUGUCUGCAGGAAGUGGACAACUACCACGAGUUUUGGGUCGGCGCGCUCCAGAAACUUGGAUACGAAGGACAUUUCGUCAAGAAAACGAGCAAUAAGCAGGAUGGCGUGGCAGUGUUUUGGAACGCCGACAAGCUGAAGGUCAAACGGUCCAAGACAGUCAGUCUGGACCUGCCUGUUGGCGACGAAUCGGACAUCGACCGCGAGUUGCUUUCAAGGACUUGCCGAAGAGGAAGUGUGGGUGCAAUAGUUCAUUUUGAGCACGUCGGGACGCAGCUCGAGUUUGUCGUUGCGACAACGCACUUGUACUGGGACCCGAUGCAAGCGGACGUGAAGUUACUGCAGUCCCGUCGAAUGUUGCGUGCGAUCACGACUUUUGUGAGCACGCUCGAUGCAUCACUGCCGACCAUCUUUUCCGGCGACUUCAACUCGCUCCCGGACAGCAAAGUGUACGAUUUCAUCACGAGUUGCAACGACUUCAAAAGCGCCUACUCACUCUACGAUGUGGACGGCGAACCCAAGUUCACCAACGUCAAUGGCAGCGCCGAGACCAGCGACGGCAGACAAGUGGCGCGCUUUGUUGGCACGUUGGACUACAUUUUCUACCGCUCGCAUCGAAUGCGACCCGUGGCGCUUAUGGAGAUCAUGUCGAUUGAAGAUGCCAGUCGUGAAGUUGCGCUGCCCAGUGCCAUCUCUCCAUCCGACCACGUUCCACUGCUAUGCGAGUUUCAGAUUCUACUGAAGUGA